AUGGACAGUUCCAACUGGUACACCACGAGUCUGGAGAUGACUAUUUCUAUCUGGCAAUACUUGCAUAACAACUCCGCUGACGAGGCCAACAGGGAGCUCGAGGAGCUGUAUGGCGGCAUCGUCUCCAAGGAGGAGCUGGCCCGACUCGACUCGCAGCCGAAUCCUUUCAACUUCAGCGAGCGAGUGUCCCAAACGACCAGACUCAACAUUAAGAAUCUGGCUAUCCAGACGGAGCCGCCGCCCAGCACUGCAUUUUCAGUCAAUGUGAGCCUUGGAGAAAUAUUCGAUGCCUACAUCAAAGACUACGAGAAGAUAAUAGAAAAGGAAAAGGAGCGCGAGAGGGAAAAGGAAAAAGAAAGGGAGAGGGAAAGAGAAAGAGACAGAGAAAGAGGAGCACUCAAGGGAAAACAGUCCCCUCGUGUGGCACCCGAGCCUCUCCCUCCGCCUGUCCUCCGCACUCACAGCUAUGGGGAUGAGUCCCUGGACCUGCCUGGCAUCAGGAGGACUGUCAUGGUGUUAGAAAGAAUGGUCAACCAAAAUAUAUAUGAUGACAUAACACAAGGAAUUUGUGAAAGGUACACAUAA